AACAACAGAGACAGUGACUACCAUCACCAUGACAACAGUGACCCAAAUAACAGAGAAUGAAGAGGUGCCUGAGGUGCGCCUAGUUGAUGAGCAACAUAUUACUACCAUAGGAUGUGGCUCCAAACUUUACUCGUCCUCUGCUGCCCAGCAUGGAAGUUACUGAAGGUGGAACAGUGAGACUGGAAGUUGAUGUGGCUGCAGAACCAGAGGCACAAGUGUCAUGGUUUGUGAAUGAACUUGAGAUUGUACCAAAUCAGCGCACUAGGCUUCUAAGAGAGAGAAACACCUUUGUGCUCGUCAUCAUAGAUGUCACACCUGAAGAUUCAGGUGACUACAUAUGCCAGGCAGAAAACAUUCAUGGCAAGGUGACCUGCAAGACAACUCUCACAGUUCACCCAAUUCAGAGAACUGAAGUUGAAAUCAGACGAGAAGACGUUGAAAAGGAACAAGAGAUGAAGCCAGUUGAAGAAUCACCAACAGAGGCUGUUACUUUGCAAAAACCAGAAGAAACUCCAACUCAGCUGCAAGUGGAGGAGCCUAUUGCUCCAUCAUUCACUUUAUUGCUUCAACCACAGGAAGUUGAAGAUGGCCAGAGAGUUGUCAUGACAGUUCACUUUAUUGGCCGUCCUUCUCCUGCUAUCACUUGGUACCAGAACGGAGUUGAAAUCAAGCCCAAUCCUGACUUUGAAAUUUUUGUGGACAAGCAGAAAGGAGAAAGUACACUUAUUAUCCUUGAAGUUUUCCCCGAGGAUGAGGGCGAGUACACUUGCAUCGCUGUUAAUGAGGUUGGAGAGUCAAUCACUACCUGCAGACUCACUGUGAUUACAACAGAAGAAGAUGUGGACAUUGAGUCUGAUGAAUUUCACAAAGAAACCAUUGAAAUCGACCUCUCUAAAGAACAACCACAAGCUGAAGCUACGAAAGAAAAGCAGGUUGUGGAGUACAGGAUUUCUCCUGAAAAACCUGAGACUUUUGAAAUUCAGAUUGGUAUGCCUGUUGCUAGAACUACUACCACAACUGUAGUUCAAGAGACAACCACCUACACUCAGGUAUCUAGAGAAAUAUUUGGUGAAGAUGUGACGGAAAGUCCAGGAACCCAUAAAACUUCUGUUGUAGUACGAAAAGGAGAGGAGAUUGGUCCUGUUGAACUGCGCUUGAGCAUUCCGGUUCAACCUCAGGAAGAAUUUGUUUCACAAGUCACAGAAGCCACUCGAGUUGUCACAUCAGAGGUUCGGCAGAUCCCUGUUGAAGAGAAGACAGCUUUAGAAAGACAUACUGAAACAAUAGAAAUUGUGCAGGGAGUUCGGCCCGAAGAGGUGGAGAUUCCCGUCACUACAACAGAACCUCAGCGUGUAGAAUUCAGAAGAGAACUGAGUCGGGAAUCAGCCCAACGAAUUGAAGUGGAAAUUCAUGAGACAUGGCUUCAAAGACAGCCACAGCCUCAAGAACUCUCCAUACCCAUUGGCAAGGUCACAAAGACUGAGUUUGAUGUCGUGGAUUCUGCAGCUGCUGAAACUCCAAGACCUUCUGAGGAAGUCCUUGAAGAGACUAGAAAGACCAUUGUCAGGGAGCAGCAGGCCACUGAGAUGGUUACUGAGCAGCCACAGCCUGGCGUUGACAAAGCUGAAGUAAAAUUCUUCAUGAUGCCUGAGGAAACUUCUACUGAUGUUGAUGAGACAGAAGUUAAAGUUCCUGUAGAGGAGACUUUUAUCACAAUUGAGAUGACAGCAGAAAAGUUUGAAGAAGUUCCGUCUGAGGUGCAGAUGGAGACUGAGUUGAUACCUGAGGAAAAGCCCGAAGAAAGAGAAGAAGAGUUGUUUGAGGAAACUGUUAUCAUUGAGACCAAAGCUACUGAAAUUGAAACCAUUAGAGAAGCCCCUGCUGAAGAAAGUAAAGUUGAAAGCAUCAUUGAAAUCCAGAUACCCCAAGUUACUGCUGAAGUCAAACAAGCAGAAAUAGCAGCCCCCACAGAAGAGAUCAUUGUAUCUGAGAGAGAGAUAGUUGAAAAGUCAGGGAUUGUUCCUUCAAAAGUCCAGUUAGAAGUAGAGAUAAUUCCUGAAGAAAAACCAGUUGAUCAAGAAAUUGUCGCCUCUGAAAAAGUUGCUACAUUUGAAACUGAUGCUUUUGAAGCAGAAGCGCCAGUCACUGUCCCAUCUGAAGAAUCUGAAGUUCAGGGUAUUGCUGAAGAGCAAAUGCUGGAGUCUGUAAGGGAAACAGAAAUAGAAAUAACUGUUCCUGCCGAAGAAAUCAUUGACAGUCAGCAGGAAGUUGCAGAGAAAGCUGAAGAAGUUCCAUCUGAGGUGCUUUUUGAAGUGGAACUUGUGUCUGAAGAAAAGUCAGAAGAGAAGGAAGUUACUAUUUUUGAAGAAACUGUAACUUUUGACACAGAGAGAAUGAAAGCUGAGACUCAUAUAGUUGUGCCUGCAGAAGAAACAAAAGCAGAAGAUGUAGCUGGCAUGCAGAUGGAAGAAGAAGUAAUUGAUGUUGCAGAAGCAGAAGCGAAAGCACCAUCUGAAGAAAUUAUUGUUACUGAGAGAGAAGUAGUUGCAAAAUCCCAAGAAGUUCCAUCAGAAGUUCAGAUGGACAUUGAACUUGUCACAGAAGAAGAACCAGAGGAACAAGAAGCUGUUACUUUUGAGGAAACUAUCACUGUUGAGAUUCAGGAAACUCCAAAGGAGAUGCAAAUUGUAGUACCAGUGGAAGAAUUUCAGGUUGAAGAUGUCAAGGAAGUGCAGACUUUAGAAUCUGUUACAGAGUUUACAGAAACUGAGGUAACUGCCCCUACAGAAGAGUUCAUCAUAACAGAAAGAGAAAAAGUAGAAAAACUGGGAGAAGUUCCUUCAGAGAUUCAAGUGGAGAUAGAAUUUGUUCCUGAGGAGCAACCUGAAGUUCAGGAGACUUCUAUCUUUGAAGAGACAUUUAUAAUUGAAUCACAGCCAGCUGAACUUGAAACUCAAGUGUCUGCUCCUGUGGAAGAAACUCAAGUUGAAGUUCGUGAAAUGAUUGAAGUUGAAACACCGGUUGUUGGAUUUGUGGUCGAAAAACAGGUGAUAGAAGUGGAAGAAGUUCACAAGGAAGAGGUGACAUUAGAAGUUGAAAUAAAGGAAGGGGAAGGUGUUGGACCUGAAAUUACUUCAACAGAAGUAGAAAAAAUUACAGUAUCAGAAGUAACUGAUGUGAAGGAAAUCCACAAAGAAGAACUUGAGCUAGAGAUCAAAGGCAAGGAAGGUCAGCUUGAAGAAGUUCAGUUUACAAUCCAGAUGGCACCUACAGAGGUCUCACAACUCACUAUUAAAACAGAAGCCAAAUCAGAACUAGAAAUUUCUGUUUCUGAAGAAGCAGAGACUGAAAAAGAAUCCUUUGUGUCAGAAAUUGAAGUCUCAAAGAAAGAAAUUGAGACUGAGGAGAGACACAUUGAAGAACUGAUGAUCCAAAUUGAGGGCAAAAGGCAGGAGUUGGAAGAGGUUAAGUUUACUCUGCAAACAGAGGAGAAAGAAAUACCUACCGUGGAACAGCCAGAAGAGAUGCCAGUAGCAGAGGUUGCAGUUCCAUCUGUAGAACAGGUUCUCCAGUUACCAGAGACAGAAGGCAAGGCACCAGAGUUCACAUGGGGGCUCAUGUCAUUGAAAGUUAUGGAUGGAGAAGAGGUCAAGUUUCGUUGUGAGGUUACCGGCAGCCCAAUGCCUGAAAUUUCGUGGUUUCAUGAUGAUAAACCCAUUUCUGAGAAUCAAGAUUUUAGCCUGACAUACGACAUGGAGUCAGGAGCCUGCACAUUGCUUAUUGCUGAAGUCUUCCCUCAAGAUGCUGGCGAAUAUCGUUGCAUUGCUGUUAACAUGCAUGGGGAAGCUGUUACACGAGCUUACCUUGAAGUUGAAUCUUAUGAGUACGUACCAGACAGUGAAGAAGCUUCUGAAUCAAUGAUGUCUUCCAUUGAACCAUCUUCUCCCAAACCAACUCCUGCUGAUUCAGACACUGAAGUUCCUAGUCCUUCUCGUGAAUUUGUUGAGGAAAUUCAGCGUCUCCAAGAACAAAUUACUACUGAACUUACAGAGACUGAGACAGAGGAGGAAGCUCCUAAAGAGGAGACUGCACCAGAAUAUGUUGCUGCAGCAGAAGUUGAAAAUGAACCUGAAACAGAAGAAGUAAUUGUCAUCAGUGAUGUUCCUUCAGCAACAGCAGCAACUGCAGCAUCUCAACCAGCUGAAGCUGUAGAACUGUCUGCUGGUGAAACCCAGUUCCAGACAGAUGUUGUACAUGAAACAGCUGAGUUUGCUCAAGUAAUAGAUGUUGAGACUCAGGACCAGGAAGCUGCAGUGUCCUCAGAUGUUACAGAAGAACUUUCUGAGCAUGGCUUGCAGCCAGAAGAUGAGUACCAAACAGAUCUGGUACUUGAGGCAUCCCAACAACCUGAAAUUUCAGAUGUGCCUGUGGAAACUACAAUGGCUGCAGGACAGGAUGUCAUCAUUGAUAUUGCUGAACACACAUGUACAACUGUUGAAGAAUAUAAAACAGAUGUAGUUGAGGAAUCUGUUGAGCAGCCCACUGUAAGUGAUGCCAUCACAGGAAUUAGUGAAGAAGCUGAAACGUCAGAAAUUGUUGGUGAGCUCAUGACAACAGUUCCAGAGAUUUCUUCACAAUACCAAACAGAACAACCAUUAGAGUACAAAACUGAAACUCUGGAGGAAGUUACAGAACAGCCUGAAAUAACAGGUGUUACAGAAGAAGUCCAAGAAGAGGCUGCACCAACAGAAGUGUCAGUUGAGCUUGUUGGUGUUGAAGAAGAGCAGCCAAUUGAAUACAAAAUUGAAGCUGUAGAAGAGGUGACAGAACAGCCCGAAAUCACAGGCGUUACAGAAGAAAUUACCGAAGAGGCUGCACCAACAGAAGUGUCUGUUGAACUUGUUGGUGUUGAAGAAGAGCAGCCAUCAGAAUACAAAACAGAAGCUGUAGAAGAGGUCACUGAACAGCCCGAAAUCACAGGCGUUACAGAAGAAGUCCCAGAAGAGGCUGCACCAACAGAAGUGUCUGUUGAACUUGUUGGUGUUGAAGAAGAGCGGCCAACUGAAUUCAAAAUUGAAGCUGAGGAAGAGGUGACUGAACAGCCUGAAAUAACAAGUGUUACAGAAGCAGUUCCAGAAGAGGCUGCACCAACAGAAGUGUCAGUUGAACUUGUUGGUGUUGAAGAAGAGCAGCCAUUAGAAUACAAAACAGAAGCUGUAGAAGAGGUGACUGAACAGCCCGAAAUCACAGGCGUUACAGAAGAAAUUACCGAAGAAGCUGCACCGACAGAAGUGUCUGUUGAACUUGUUGGUGUUGAAGAAGAGCAGCCAUCAGAAUACAAAACAGAAGCUGUAGAAGAGGUCACUGAACAGCCUGAAAUCACAGGCGUUACAGAAGAAAUUACUGAAGAGGCUGCACCAACAGAAGUGUCUGUUGAGCUUGUUGGUGUUGAAGAAGAGCAGCCAUCAGAAUACAAAACAGAAGCUGUAGAAGAGGUGACUGAACAGCCUGAAAUCACAGGUGUAACUGAAGAAAUUACCGAAGAGGCUGCACCGACAGAAGUGUCUGUUGAACUUGUUGGUGUUGAAGAAGAGCAGCCAUUGGAGUACAAAACAGAAGCUGUAGAAGAGGUCACUGAACAGCCUGAAAUAACAAGUGUUACAGAAGAAGUCCCAGAAGAGGCUGCACCAACAGAAGUGUCUGUUGAACUUGUUGGUGUUGAAGAAGAGCAGCCAUCAGAAUACAAAACAGAAGCUGUAGAAGAGGUGACUGAACAGCCCGAAAUCACAGGCGUUACAGAAGAAAUUACCGAAGAGGCUGCACCAACAGAAGUGUCAGUUGAACUUGUUGGUGUUGAAGAAGAGCAGCCAUCAGAAUACAAAACAGAAGCUGUAGAAGAGGUGACAGAACAGCCUGAAAUCACAGGCGUUACAGAAGAAAUUACCGAAGAGGCUGCACCAACAGAAGUGUCAGUUGAACUUGUUGGUGUUGAAGAAGAGCAGCCAUCAGAAUACAAAACAGAAGCUGUAGAAGAGGUGACAGAACAGCCUGAAAUCACAGGUUACAGAAGAAAUUACCGAAGAGGCUGCACCAACAGAAGUGUCUGUUGAACUUGUUGGUGUUGAAGAAGAGCAGCCAUCAGAAUACAAAACAGAAGCUGUAGAAGAGGUGACUGAACAGCCCGAAAUCACAGGCGUUACAGAAGAAAUUACCGAAGAGGCUGCACAACAGAAGUGUCUGUUGAACUUGUUGGUGUUGAAGAAGAGCAGCCAUCAGAAUACAAAACAGAAGCUGUAGAAGAGGUGACUGAACAGCCCGAAAUCACAGGCGUUACAGAAGAAAUUACCGAAGAGGCUGCACCAACAGAAGUGUCUGUUGAACUUGUUGGUGUUGAAGAAGAGCAGCCAUCAGAAUACAAAACAGAAGCUGUAGAAGAGGUGACUGAACAGCCCGAAAUCACAGGCGUUACAGAAGAAAUUACCGAAGAGGCUGCACCAACAGAAGUGUCUGUUGAACUUGUUGGUGUUGAAGAAGAGCAGCCAUCAGAAUACAAAACAGAAGCUGUAGAAGAGGUGACUGAACAG